UUGAAUCAUGGCGGCUCAGAGCAGCAGAAGGAGCGGCAGCUUUGUAAACAGAGACCUGCCGCCUCCUCUCAGUGAGUCCGCUCGGAGCUCAGCGACUCCUCGGUUCUGACUGAGUCCUCGGAGCUUCUGUGUGUCUGAAUAACGGCGCUGAACGGACCGGAUGUUACCGCUGACCGGCAGCUACCGACUUUAGUUUAGCAUGCUAGCCGGCAGCAGCGCACCGGGGACGGAGCUGAGCGGGGCAGCGACAGUUUGACGGACAGCAGGCGGUGUAGAGACGCAGCAAGUGGAGGAAAAAUGUCCAGGAUCCAGGCGCUGACAGCGGCGGGAGAACCGGCUGGUGGUCCAACCGGAGGGUGGCCGUAUUCUCAACUUUACGAAGUCCAGCAGAUGUUGGUGAGGAAAGAAGACCAGGACCAGGAGGACCCAGAGCCUCCUCACAUUAAGGAGGAACAGAAGGAACUGUGGAGCAGCCAGGACGAUGAUAUCACCACGUUCAUCUUCAGUCCCGUCCUUGUGAAGACUGAGGAUGAUGAAGAGAAAGCUCAGUCAUCACAGCUUCAUCACAGCCACACUGAGGAAAACAGAGACUCUGUGGAAGAACCAGAACCAGAUUUACAACAUGAAGAGAGAACAUCAGACUCGUCAGAGACGGAUGUCAGCGAUGAGUAUUGGACUGAAACCAGGCAGCCUGGCUUAAACUGUGUGAAACAUCACCAAGACUCUUUCACGUGCUCUGACUGCAGUAAAACGUUUGUCCACAAGACAAAUCUGAAACGACACAUCAAGUGCCACAGCGGAGAGAAACCGUUCAGCUGCUCGUUCUGCAGUAAAAGCUUCUCUCGUAGGGAACAUCUGAUCGCUCACAUGAGAUGUCACUCAGGAGAGAAACCGUUCAGCUGCUCAGUUUGCAACAACAGCUUCAGCCACAGCUGGUCGCUGGACAAACACAUGAGAGUCCACAGUGGGGAGAAACCAUUCAGUUGCUCACUGUGCAGCAAGACUUUCAGGCAGCGCUCGGACUUAUCGGCACACUUCAGGAUUCACACGGGGGAGAGACCCUUCUCCUGUUCAGUUUGUAGUAACACUUUCACUCAGCGUCACACUUUGGUUCAGCACAUGAGGAUCCACACCGGCCUGAAGCCUUUCACCUGUUCAAUAUGUGACAAAAGAUUCUCACGAAAGGGACACAUGAUGAGACACAUGGCAGCUCACAGCGAGGAGAAACCAUUCAGCUGCAGCAUUUGUGAGCAGAGAUUCACGUGGCAGUCGCAGUUUAAAAGACAUGAGUGUGGUUCAGAGAGCAGCAACCCGAAGUGAAGCUGCAGCAGAAACUUUUUCCUGCAAACCUCUGAGAGCAUGUACAAUAAAUUUUCCAGAGAAACAA